CCUACACCGCAGACCAGUUUCGACCACGACAACCCAAAAAAAUGGUGAACAAGGGCAAACAACUAGUGACGAAGAGCAAACAGACAGCGCCGAAUGACAAAAAGAGAAAGACAUUAGAACAAGGAGAAUCAUCAAAGCCAAAACAACAACGGAAACAACUAGCAUUGGCAUUCCGUGAUAGAAUGGAAACAGAAAUACAAGAGCAAGUUACUGGUGACAGCUCUGAUAAUGAGGUUCAAGAUGAAGAAACAGAGCUAAAGAUACGGCCACUGCCCACACAGCUAAUGAGACCAAUUGAAUCACUGACCAGAUCCCAACGCAGAAGUGUAGAAGAAAUUGGGCUAGGAAGGAUACUUGAUCUCAACAUCACCAACCUGCCAAGGAAGAUGGGGAUGUGGCUAGUUGAAAGCUAUGACUCUAGGAGCAACACACUGAAUCUACCAUCUGGUGAAAGGCUCCCAAUCACAGAAAAUGAUAUUGCUGCCACCUUGGGACUGCCACUUGGAGACAUAGAAAUCACUAAGAGGGAAUCCAAACAGGUAUCUGAUCUCCUAGCAGAAUGGAGAAAAAUCUUUGGGAAGGUUACUGGCCACAUCACCCCCCAUACCAUGGCUGAAAAGAUGCUAACAUUAAAAGCUGCUGACCCUUGGUUCAAGAGGCAUUUUGCACUGCUUGUCAUGAGUGUGUUGGUUGAACCACAAGUUAAUGGUUAUGUCAACCAAAACUACAUCGACAACCUUCUUAAUGUACACAACAUCAAGAGACUUAAUUGGUGCAGAAUGCUCAUCAACUCACUCAUUGCCAGCAAGCAGGCAUGGCUUGACAGCGCUGAUGGGAGAUAUGGAGGCCCAAUUGUUUUCCUAACGGUAUUCUAUGUUGACCGUGUUGUUCUAUACCGGAGGACUAUCCCACGGAGCUUCCCUGCAAUGGCGAAUUGGACAUUUAAGUUGCUCCGUCAACGACAGCAAACUGAGAUCAAAUCUGGAGGCUUUGGGUAUGGGCGGGUUGAUGUUGCCUUGCCAGUUCAGAGCACACCAUGCAGUGACCGGAACCCCAGCAUAGGACAGUCUGAUGUACCACCACAACCACCAUCAUGUGAAGAAGAUGCACCACUUCCCCAUGGAUUACAGGAGUUUAUUGAUGAGGUUACUACCAACACAAGGACGAUUGCAAAGAGUUUACUGAGGAUUUCAAGACUGAUUGAAAAUGCACCUGCAAUGGUAUUGGAGCAUGACACCUUCAAGCAGAUGUUUGAGUCUGCUAGACAGAUGCUUGGAUUUAAAGCGCAAGAAGAUGGACAAAUGACAUUUACCCAGCAAGAGGAUGCCUAUUGGAGUGACCCAGAGUUCUUGAAAGCGGUUGAUGAAAUCGUCCGUGCACUUGGGAUUGUCACAAGAGGGAACAAGUAG